UGGUGGUAGUUUCAGCAUGAAAGGAGGCGGGGCAAGGAAUGUAACAGCGGAAGAUUCAAAAUGGACAUGGCGGCGGAAAACCCCCCCAACGAAAACAAACAAAACAGAAGCGGGACCGUGUGCAGUGUAGUGAUCUCUCAGGACCCUGCACCCCAGCCUGUCAUCUUCAACCCAGAUUUCUUAGUGGAGCGUCUGAGACAUGAGCGUCCCCAGGUGUUCACAGAGCUGGUCCUCAGUAACAUCACCAGGCUCAUAGACCUGCCCGGGGAUGAGUUUGCCCAGCUCACAGGAGAGGCAGACCCCAGACUGCCUACAGCACACACAGGCUUCCUACGCUCUCUCAACUUUCUGAAACGCAAAGACAAAGGAGUGGUGUUUGGUGCUACUCUGACGGAGGAGGGCAUAGCACAGAUCUACCAGCUGAUUGAAUACCUCAGCAAGAACCUCCAUGUGGAGGGGUUGUUCCGUGUGCCAGGCCACAGCCUGCGGCAGGCAGCCCUGAGAGAGAUGUUGAAUGCCGGGACAGAGAUAGACCUGGAGACCGGGGACUUCCAUCCUAAUGAUGCUGCCACCCUGCUUAAAGCCUUCCUAGGAGAGCUGCCCGAACCCCUACUCACACACAGACACUACCACGCCCAUCUGAAGAUAGCAGAGCUGACCCAGUUUGAUGAGAAGGGGAACAAGACUUCAGUACCAGAUAAGGAGCGUCAGAUCGAGGCCUUCCAGCUGCUGUUCAUGCUGCUUCCUCCAGCCAACCACAGUCUGCUCAAACUGCUCCUGGACCUGCUCUACCACACCGCUCGCAACCAGCACAACAACAAGAUGUCUGCCAUCAACCUGGCCACCAUGGUGGCUCCACACAUCAUCUGGCCCAAACAUGUGCGAGCCAGCGACCUCCAGGGGAACAUUAAGAAGCUAAACAACGCAGUGGCUUUCCUCAUCAAACACUCACAGAAACUCUUCAGGGCUCCUGCGUACGUCAAAGAACACGCCUGCAUGCAUUUUACAGGAUCAACCACCUCCCAGUUUACAGAUGGCCUGGCUCUGUGUGGUGGGGGUGCUCACCCCUCAACCUCUAAGAGGGCUGGUGGGGGUGUGAUGUAUACAGAUGGGACCACCACCAGUCACACACACACUGAGCUGGCCCUCAGAGAGCUUUACCAACAGGUCAGCAGCAUGCCUGAGUCUGCCAAGAAGAAGAAACUCAUCAGACAGUUUGCUAAGCAGGUCCCUGGGACGCCAGUGAGUGACCAACAGACCCUGCACUCGAAUAGGAAACAUCGUCGCUCGCGCUCCUUUGGAGGAAUCAUCAAGAGGAGAGCAUUAGGUACCCAGGGCCCAGUGGAGAAGGGUAGCAGCAGCACUAGCCUGGUGACUCCAGGACCCAGCAGCUCAGCGGACAGACAGGAGAUGGAGGACAUCAGCUUUGGAUGGGAUUCCUCGUCUCUUAAAAGGAUGUGCUUUUCGCCAACGCAGGAGACGUCUGUCUAGCAGUCAGCUCAGCUCACCCACAGAACAUUCUCCUCUCACUCUCAAAAACAUUUCUCUAACUUGGUUUUAAAAUGAAUCUUUUAACAAACAGGGAGACACCGAGAGAUAGUUAGUCAAGUCAUUUACAAGCCAAAUAAUGUGAUGUGUCUUAAAAGCAGUAGAACCAUGCUUGGCCAGUGAAUUCCUUUUAAUAUCUUCCUUGUUCUGUUUGGAAAGAGACGACACAACAAAUGUACACCUUUGUCGUUCAGGUCAAGUAAGAGUUAGAAUGACUAGAAAAACCAGUGAGAACCAAAUUAAACUCACAUUGUGUUUUACUUCUCUUAAAACUUUUGCAUGUGUUUUGAGUUAAUGUUACUACUGUGUAAAGCAUGCUAUGUGGACAAACAUUGUCUCAGGUAGGUAGAAGUAAGCUGGAUAUAGGAAGUUUGCGCUGGAUUGUAGCAAAUUACUGGAUGGUUAAAAAAGGAUGGUUAAAUUCCGAUUGACAACACGUUUAAGUUAAGCAAAGUGUUUUGAGUGCCUUCAAAUUAUAUUAGCAAAGUAGUAAAGUUGAGUUGUGAUGCAUUAUAUUUUAUAUAAUCUUUAUUUAAGCCUGUAAAUCCCAUUGAGAUAGUCUAAUGUAUUCCAGUUGGUGUAGCUGUGGAGGCAGUAGCAUCGUCAAUGUGGCUGUUUAUAAUGUGUUCAGACUUAGCAGAGCGAUGGGGAUGAGUGUGAAAGAAAGAUGGAGGGAGAAAUUAGUGAGAGUGAAGGCUUGGAACAUGGUAUGUAGGGCUAUGACUAGGGGUUUUCCUGGUCGGGUCACGUGUUAAGGAAAACCUAGUAGACGUCAAUGAGACCAACGGAGUAGGCGUAGCUAAUGCUCUAGUGUUAUUACAACUGGUGUGAACUCACUGUUUAUUCUUUAGCCACAGUCUUAAUCUGUCAACACUGUGAUUUUCUCUCUAUUUAAAUACUUUUUUAAAAAAUUUUUAUAACUUUUCUCUGAGACUACAACCAAAAUGUGUAUUAAUGGUCCGUUUUUUUUAAAUAUAUUCUUUUUUUUUAUCCACUUAUGUUUUAUGCAAUAUUUUAUGCAAUGUCCUUUUGAUUCUGUUACAAAAAAGUUUUGCUAUGCAAUCUGUGUUACAAUAUUUGUUAUUUCAUAUCGAACAUUUUUAUCCAUGGUUUAGCCCUAUCUGCAUUGGUUCUCUAUGUUUAUACCUAGUUUUCAGAUUUAGUCAGACAUUGAGCGCUGAAUCCUGACAAGAUUCAACCAUAUCUUCACACAAGUCCUCUACCAACAUGAAUUAUUUAUUUUUGUGGAAAUGUGAAUAUAUAUUUCUGUGUCAGCGGCAUUACCAUGUCAAACGAUUCUGUUCUACUGAUCUGACGAUUGAGCAUCAGAAUUCUGUCUGUUAAAUGUGAAUGUGCUACAUGCCACCGGGUCUGAGUAGCACCAUGUACAACAGCUUGUCUGUCAUUAUUGGCACUAAUGUGAAGCUAUGCAACAAACUGCCAUUAAAAGAUAAUGAAACAAA